AUGGGGCAGAGCUUCUGGGAGCAGCUUCAUCUGGUCCUCGCCCUCCUACUCCUGAUUCAGGGGUCUGCUGUGACUGGAGAUGCCCCCAAAAGCUGCUAUGGGGUUCCAGGCCUGCCAGGCAUGCCGGGUGUGCCAGGCAAGGAUGGCCGGGAUGGGCUGAAGGGAGCCAAAGGCGAGCCAGGUGAGUGA